AGGACCAGCUGGUGGCUGGAUUCUGAGAUCUCAUCGUAGCCAACAGAGGGUGUAGUCGUAGUCGUAGCGCAGUGUAGACGUUUUUGUGGUCCGGUGGGCUAGUGCAUGGGUUUUUAUUUCUUUCUGCGUGCUUUUCGCGCAUCUUCGUGACGUUCAGUUCGACCGGCGACGUUAGGGGAGCGUACUUCACCAUACAAGAGGCGUUCGACAAUGUCAAAGCCAAGACCAAGACGCCUGUACAAGCAAAGGUCAUGUUUCGUGCCGUUGUGUACGAGCGGAUACCGAACUAACACAAAGCGUGUCUCAAUGUUCUGCGCCCCACGCGACCCCGCGCGGCUUUCGGAGUGGGAGAAGAGAAUUAGGAGAGCGGACAAGAGGCUGACACCGGCAGCUGUGGUAUGUGAAAGACACUUCGAAGACAGUUGUAUCGAGCGCACCUUCAAGAUAGUCGUUGACGGCGUGGUAAACGAGAUCGCCAGGGACAUACCCCGCCUGAAGCCGGAUGCCGUCCCCACCGUUUUCGAAGAUUACUCUGCUCACCCCGUUCCCAAAAAGCCAUUCCAGCGGAAGGCGAUAAGCUUUUGUGAGCAAGAGGCAGCGCGUGGUUCGGGCGCGCGGAACGGAGAAACGAAGGCAGCUGAAUCGUGCUUUACCGUCGACGAAGAGUCGGACAGCCGCGACAACGUCUCCUUUUCGGGUGAAUCAGCGAGAUCCGCGGAAAGUGAGCAAGAGGAGCACCUCGGUUCCAGAGAAGGAGAGGCGGACACCACUUGUGAAAAACCGAGCGGAAACGGGCGCACGCGCACGCCUCCGAACUGUCGGAAAGGGCACGCGUUCGAUGACAUUCAGAUUCCAGAAACAUGGACGAGGGUGCCUUGUCUGUCAGAAGGCAGCCUAGCGUACGCCUGUUGCCAAAUGCAAGAAAAUAUUUUUUCGCAUCUGUUCCUAGAGAGGAUGGUUGUAUUUGGAGCAGCCUCGCCUGAUCAAGCUCCUGUCACUGCUACUGUUUACUUGAGGGGCAGGGAAAGUUUUAAGGAAGUUCUCAAAACGCGGUGCGAAGCAGAAGAAUUUAUCAAAGAUAUCGAUGCGGUGUCCUUAUGCAAUGGCUGUGGUGUGAAGCCAACCUCGGCCAAGUACACGUCGUACAGAGAGAUGUAUUUUGCAGAGAAAUGCCUUAUAAUUGCUGGUUCAAAAGGUGAAUCCUGCGUGCGCUGCAAACAUGCGCAGAAGCUUGCACAACGCAAAAUAGGCAAGGUAAAAAAUAAAGGUUCUGCUCGACGACCGGAAAUAUAAAAAUGCUCGUCACAGCUUCGGCCCAACAGUAAGGUGGCUCACAGAUGUACAGGCACAAGUGUGUUAAAAGAUUGACAUAAAAUGUCACAGUGACUGGACAUGCUUGACGAAAGAAUGUAGUCAUUUCUCAUGGGAAGCAGCUUGUAAAAAACUGCUUGCUUGCUGCUAGAAGAAAAUCACUAAAGGUGUGAAGUGGUGACAAGGAAACGGAUCGCACAGUGCUUGAUGUUGAGAAGCCGUAGGUGUUAUGAGGACAUCGGGCAAGAAAGUAUAACAUUUCUGCCAAACACGCAUGCCUCGAAAAGUGCCUUCAUAAAGGUGGGUUUGACCUAAAUCUCAUCCUCACUGUUCCAUGAAAUGGCAAGAAGCACAAGCACGCUCACCUGCCAUUCAGAUCUCAUAACCAUAAAAUAACACUGUUGAAGCAGCUUAAUGUGAAGCCAUCAGGUGGGUUUCUAGGGUUCAUGCACAGAUUACAUUAUAAACAGCUGGCUAGGUUUACCUUGAGUCUCGAAGUACCAGUCAUUUGUUCUUUGAGAUUUAGGUGACAUCAAAGGCCUUGCAGUUCUGGGAAUGUGACAAAAUUGCAUUCUGGCAGACCAUGGAACAAUAGUAUCACAAUCUUGCAUAGUGUUCCCACAUCUCAUCAAGAAUGCGACCAUUUUGGGAGGAUACCUCACGUCAUUAUUUCAUGAGACUCUGCAGCCAUCGGAUUGUGGACACCUGCAGACUAUGUCACUGCCACAAGGAAUUGCCUUACGUUUGAUGUUAGAAUGCGGUUUUCCUGCCCCACAGUGCUUCCAUGAUGUUAAAUCUGGACCAGUGAAUAAAAAAAAUAUUCUCCCUAAA